GAUUGUGAUCUACUUAUGAGAUCGUGCUUUUAUAUUAACAAUAUAUAAUUUGUUUAGUAAAGCGAAAGCUAUUAAUUCGUGCUGUUGCGUCGGGUUUGCGCUAAGUUCUAUAAACGAGAAAGUUAUUGAUAUAAAUAAAAACUCAUAAUGCAGUAUUCUAGUUCAAAAGAAUAUUCGUCUUCGAUUAAAGAAAGCCCAAAGUGGGCUGGCAAGCAGGAUGAUAAGGGAUAUGUUUACAAGAAAUCAUCUUACCAGUACUCUUCAUCUGGAAAUAAUGGUACUUCAUAUACAAAAAAUCCUGUUCAGAAUGUUGAUCAAUUAGAUGCACUAUUGGAAGAUUUAAAAAAUGAACGAAAAAUAACUAAAGAAAAAGAUAUGUAUCCUCCAACAUUAAGUUAUCGAACUCUUGAGUCCUCAAAAAACGAACCGUCAGGUACAAUAACAAAAACUACAAAAUUUGUCAAAACCAUUGAAAGGGAUGGAUAUCCAGAUAAAUAUUCUAACACUGUAUUUAACAAUGUAACUGCCGAAAAAUCUCAGAAAGAAAAAGAAUCUCUGAUAAAUGAAAAUUUGUAUCAUGAAGGUACUACAGUUUCCGAUAAACUAUAUGAAAGGAAUCUCACAACAUCCUCCGCCGAAAUAGUUCCUCAACUACAUGAUGUUGACUUGUCAAAUGAUAUUUUACCUAUACCGGGCACUAAAGUCACAACAACAGUGCGCACAUAUACCUAUGAAAUACCAGCUGGAUCGAAAAAUAUUCCUAAUCGGUCAAUAUUGUACAAUAAUGUCAAUUACAAUACUCUGGACAGUAGAAAUUCGAAUUCAACAAUCCAACAAACUGAUAUAAAUGUACCACAAACUGUGGUUUAUAAUACUGAAAGUUAUUCUACCAUAAACAAAAACGAAACUCCAAUACUUUCAAAUCAGUCUUAUGAAAUAAGAGAAAGUCGCGAAACAAAUAACUUGCGACAAAACUAUCCUUCGUAUUCAUUUGCUCAACAAAGAACUCCAGAAAGCAAUAGUAAUACUAUAAUACGUACUGUAAAUGAAAAUGUUACAGUAUCAGAUCAAAAUCGUAACCAGAAUCCACAUUUAAAUAGCUUACCAUAUAAGGGAAAAGGCCCUUUGACGCCUACAACAAACCGAUAUUAUUAUAAAGAAUCUUCAAAUGUCACGAAUUAUGUAGAUAAAAGCCCUUCUAAUAAUAUUGCACCAAAAAUGCCAGUUCUAAAGCAAAACUCUACUGACUACUCCCCCCCAUUUGAUAACAAUAAUACUUCAACAACAACUUACAAUUACUAUUCAUCGAAUACAACUAAUCAUCGUGGACCUGACUAUCCAAAUACGACAACUCAAUUAGCUCAAUUUCCUGUAGAUGGUGUUGAAUUUCCAGAGUCAAAACCACAUCUUCCACAAAGAGUUGAUGAUUUAAUGCAGUCUUUUCCAAAUACCGAUGUAGUCGAUAAAUCUGAUAUAUCUUAUCGUAAAAGAGAAGUCGAAACUUCUGUUGCCAAACCAAAUAAUGAAAUGAUACCAACUGUAAAUAAAGCCGGUAUGGACGUUUAUUAUCCACCAGGUCACGAAAUGACAUUAAAACGUGAGGAGUACGCAUCUGGAUCAGCAGCAGGAGGACGUUGGGCCAAAGGUUCUGGAAUGUAUGAAUACGAGUCCGGAUACAAAUCUAAGACUAAAACCAAAUCUGGGGGUGCGAUGGUUCCAGUCUGCUUGCCACUUUGUUGUGCCAUGCCAUGUUCGAUUAUGUGAAAAUGAAUUGCUCUCGUUAUUAGUCCACUAACAAACUAAAAAUAAUUUAACCUAAAUAAAAUCUCCUAACAAUGAUUUGUAUUGUAUCCAUUAACAAAUUAAUAUUAAUUGAAAAGCGUUCGAUUAUAAUUGUUGUUUGCUUAUUUUAAUCUUCCAAAAAAUUUUGUAAAUUGAUAUUAUUUUAAUUGUAUAACGCAGAAACCUUAAUAAAUCGUAAUAUCAAAAAUAGUAACAGAA